CGCGUUUGCACUCGCUUUCACUGUUACUGAGUAACACUGAUGGCCUAGUCACAGUUGCUUUUCUUCCAAUUCUCUACACUCCUUUAGAUUUGAUCUUGUCCAUUACAUUUGAUGGCUUUGUGUCUGUACUUAUGCUCCUGGCGACGCGUGUAGUUGACACAUUCGCUCAUUAAACCGGAAACUCGGUCUCGCUCGUUUACUUAUAUCUGUCACUCAUUUUUCGAACACCCACUCUCGAUCAUGCGCCGAAAUGUCAUUCUCGUGGCCUGUUUGGCUGCUCUCUCUAGCGUUUCAGAUGCCUUUUGGCGUCUUCCUUGUCGUGGACGAAGCGGAGUGGCCCGGAUUGAUCCGUUGAUGGCCCCGGGGAAACCAUCAGACCACGUCCAUGUGGUUCAUGGAUCAGGAGGCUUUUCCAUGUCGGCCACCGAGACAAGCCUCAAAAAAGCGAAUUGCACAUCAUGCGGGGUAACCCAAGACAAGUCCGCAUACUGGGUCCCCGCACUGUAUUUCAUGCAUGAGAACGGUGAUGCGGAGCUGGUAAAUGAAGUAGGCGGCAUGCUUGCCUACUAUUUCCUGAACGGGGAGAAUGUGACCGCUUUCCCCGAGAACUUUCGUAUGAUUGCCGGCGAUCCGUUUCUACGCAACUUCCCUUGGCCAGUUCCCGACCCUCCGAAGUCCGAAUGGUCGGGAAAUCAAUCAUCGCAGUCUGCGCUUCGCCAAAAGGCCCUUGGCUUCAACUGCCUGAACUACAACCAAGCCGCUGAACCAUCGCUGGGCCGCCAUUUCCUGCCGAGCAAGACCUUCAUGGACGAGCAUUGUACUGACGGUGUUCGAUUUGAACUAAUGUUCCCUUCUUGCUGGAAUGGCAAGGACGUUGACUCGGAGGAUCAUAGGUCGCAUGUGGCUUACCCAUCGCUGGUCAUGGACGGAGAUUGUCCGGAAGGCUUCGAGACCCGUCUUGUGUCGCUUUUCUAUGAGACCAUCUGGGACACCUACGCGUUCAAGAAUAAAAGAGGCACUUUUGUUCUCGCAAACGGCGACCCGACUGGGUACGGCUAUCAUGGGGACUUCAUGUACGGCUGGCAAACCGGCUUCCUUCAACGCGCAGUGAACGAAUGCACCAACCUGUCUGGCCGGGUGGAAGACUGCCCCAUAUUUGACCUCCAAAGCGACUCGGAACAGGGCCAGUGUAACUUCUCAGUACCAGAUGAGCUGGCAGAUGAGAAUGUAUAUCUCCACAAGGGCGGUCUUCCGAAUAACAUUGCCAUCCAAUAUGGACCUGCAUAUGCAAGCCCGGUCAAGUAUACCGGCUCAAGCCAUCAUACCUCCCCAGCUGUGCCAGAACCCAGUGUCUCCAUUGGUGCCUCUGUCAAUGUGGGGGAUGUUCAUAUCGGAGUCACGACCGCCGCCCCUUCAACUUUUUCGACCUCGACUGCUCCCACGACACUCUUUUCAACCUCGACGGCUUCUUCAGCAUCCACAACUAGACGGGUGCCGGCUCCCACCACCGUUUACGUUGAAGGUGUCUUCACUCAGAAGAUAGUUUAUGUCCAGCAAGUGUUCACUGUUCUCACGGACGAAACCGGAGCACCUGUUCAGACCGAAACGGGGAAACCGGAGACCCUUUCAACCUCGACUUCCACCAUUAAUAAAGUCCUGUCCACGAUUGUGACUACACCGACCGAACCCCCUGCACAGCACAAUGGACAUUCCCACCAUGCCCACAAGCGUCAUGGACACGGGCAUGCUCAUGGGAGAUAAGCCGGCUAAAUAUCUACACAGCAGACGAUUGAUACGAUGAUUAUCUCUGAAAAACCAAGGCGCCUUGUCCGGUCUAUUCACGGUCUGGAAUAUCCCAAGCUCAACCCUUGACUUGGAUUUACUUCAGCACGCGGUUCCAUUUCUUCAGUUCUACUUGUAACCUUGUCUCUUUAUCGUGUACAUAAUUACUGUCUGCUCCUUGUCUGGAACAGGUGAAAUUGCAGAGCACUGCCUUGCUUUUCUCUUGAUGAGAGCUGGAAUGUGUUUUGUCAGAUAUGGUGUCAAAUAUUACCUGCUGAUCUCAGUAUGCUCAUUUUUAAGACUGUUCUUUCAAUGCUCGCCACGGGUUAGAUGCAAUGGCGGGAUUACUCUGUAUCCUCCCAGACUACAUGUAUAAUCAAG